AUGUCUACGACAUCUCCAUCCCCACCUCCAAGCCUGCAAUCGGAUGAAGAUUUUAGUGAUUCUAUUUCGUCUGAAUUCUCCGUGGCUCCUCAUCAUAAUUGCAAUACUUCAGAAUCGAAAAAGAAUAAUUACAAAGUUAAUUUUCUCACUUCACAUGGUGUCGAAGAUAUACUUUCUGAAGGAGUUAACUAUAUAACUCAAGAUAAUACAUUUCCAGAUUGUAAGUCAGAAGUAAUUUCCCCUAUAACAAGUUCGUUUGUGCAAGAUUUUAACUCGAGAGACUCGACAGGAUUUAGCAUUCAUGACAUUCUUGGACUUCAACAGUCGUAUCACACAAGCACCAUUCAAGAAGAAUUAGAACCUAGAUAUGAAUACCAUAUACAACACUAUGACAAUGUCAGUAACAGCUCUAAUAAUAACUAUGCAUCAGGUAAUAAAGAUACAUUGCCAGAUCCGUGUAUUAGCAAAAAUAACGACAUAUUUAUUUCAAAUGAAUCAGAAAUUGGAAAUCAGGAUAUUUACCAGAGAAACGAAACUGUACGAGGUCUUCAAAGUAUUGAUUUAGACAACGAAGUCGUAAAAAAUCCUGAAAUGGAAGAUGAUAGACACGAAUCAAGUUUUUGUAGCCAGAAUUCUACAUGGUGUAAUAAAUCAUCAAUUGUCAACAACCAAAUCAUCAGCGCAGCGUCAUCGGUAUCAAACGAUAUGUCAACAGAUUCAUCUUCAUACGCAAAAGGAUUUACAAAAAGAGCGCGGACCGCUUAUACGAGUUCCCAAUUAGUUCAAUUAGAAAAUGAAUUUCACCAAAAUCGUUACCUCUGUCGACCGAGACGCAUUGAACUUGCCAACUACUUACAGUUAUCAGAAAGGCAAAUCAAGAUAUGGUUUCAAAAUAGACGUAUGAAGUAUAAGAAAGACAAUAAACAUAAUAAACCGAGCUCAUCAGUGGACGAUAGUAGCCCGUCAACCAGCUCCAAGGAACUAUCACCAAGUCAAGACCAUAAAAUGAGUCACGGAAGAAACUGCGGAGGUCAUGAUCGUCAUGGACGCAUACUUAUGGAAGGCCAUGCCAGUCAUCAUAAAAUUUUUCUUUCCUCAAAUGAAUCGCUGUCACGCCCGCCUGAAUAUUCAGCAGUAAGCCCAAUGAAAUCGGUUAUAAAGGGACCUCAGAAUAAUAUUGAAUUACCAGCUUAUACACCUAAUCUAUCUUAUUCCUCGUACUAUGCGACCGGAGCCAACAGGAAUGCUUACUCACCGAUGGGCGAAGUUUAUCGAUACAGCAACGAUGAAUCAUUACAAACAAGUGCACAGACAUUGUCCACGUUGCAACCGGAUAGUUACGUUCCUAACGGAAUUAAUUUUAAGCUUACCGAUGAUAUAGGACGCUACCCGUCAGGAUCCACAUAUUAUAAUCCACUUUCAAAUGGAGUUGUAAUGCAUACUCCUGCUACAGAAACUUAUGGAUUUAGUUCUACAGUGCCUACGUUAAACACUCCUACAUACGACGAUAUCGCUACACAAAAUAGGACGAACUUACAAUUACCACAAGAUUCCUACUUUCAAUAUUUAUCAACUUCCGAAGGCGCUAGUCAAAAUAAUUCCUCUAUCGCUAAUAAAUACUCGUCCUAUAUUACUUUGUAA